AUGAGAGAAUAUUGGACGAAGAAAGAGGACAGGACUCUCUGUGAACUUCAGCGUGAACUAGGUUCUGCGUGGACUAAAAUAUCAAUUAUUAUGGCCACCAAAACAUCAAAACAAUGUUCAGAACGGUGGAACAAUGCAAUACGCCCUGGAAUCAAUAGCGACCCUCUUAGCGACGAGGAACGGACCAAGAUUGAUCUCUUAUAUUGCGAUUAUGGGCCUCAAUGGAGUGUGAUCGCUUCAAAGAUUCCCGGGCGUACCUCUCGAACGUAUACUAGCUUAACGAAUUUUAUGUACGCGUCAAGUCAAUUGAUUCGUGCAAAAGAACAAGAACAAGAACAAGGGAGAACAGACCACCCACGCAUCCCCAUUCCGAUAGAGGAUAAUAUGGGGGAUCCUGACAUUGAAAUAAGUCAUCAAUUAACUGUCAACGAAGAUUUGAUCGAACCAGAAAAGUUUCUCAGGCUGAAAGAGUGUCUAGAAAACAAGUCUAGUGGCGCGGACAUUUGCAACGAACUCUUGAAAGAAAUGGAUCCAAUUAUUCGACUUCCACCUGUACAGUUUCAAAAGCUUUGCAAGCAGUUUGAUAUGUCCCAACUGAGCGAUGAUACGCUUCGUGUGUUCUGUCAUGAAUUGGUUAAGCGGGAUGACAUCAUAUUCCAGAAUUACGUUAUAUUAUUCAGGCUGGCUUACUUGGAUAAAAUUCGUCAAUUAGUUUCUAUGCCUUCUAGAAGCCUUAUUUCUAGUAUUCUGAACAUUGCGCGCAUCAAAGGCAGAGCUCUUGUCGAAGCGCUAUUGCUACCCUUAUUGAACGAUGCAAACAGCAUAGGCAUGUAUAAUCGUUACCGACGUGUAGACGCACAGUAG